CGGGAGGUGGAGCCCCUCGGGCUCUGGGACAUGCGGCUGGACGGCCGCAGGGAAAGACGGGCGCCACGGCCUGGCCCAGCCCCCGUCGCGUGCUGAAGCGCCGGGAUGAUCCCCCGUGCGUCGCUGCAGCCCCCCAGCUGGGGGACGCUGACGGCCAUUGACCUCCGGAGGGUUUCCUGGAAGAGGGGACUGCUCCGCGGAGGCCCGAAGGUACUUGCUGGAGCAGCGAGAUGUGGAGGUACUAUGCCUGCUUGUGUGGGCAUGAGGAGCUGGUACUCUACCUUCUGGCCAAUGGGGCCCGCUGUGAGGCCAACACCUUCGAUGGUGAGCGCUGCCUCUAUGGGGCACUGAGUGACCCCAUCCGCCGGGCUCUACGAGAUUACAAGCAGGUCACGGCUUCCUGCAGGAGGCGGGAUUACUAUGAUGACUUCCUGCAGCGGCUUCUAGAGCAGGGCAUCCACAGUGACGUGGUCUUUGUAGUACAUGGGAAGCCAUUCCGGGCACAUCGCUGUGUCCUGGGUGCACGCAGUACCUACUUUGCCAACAUGCUGGACACCAAAUGGAAGGGCAAGAGUGUUGUGGUUCUCAGGCACCCACUGAUCAACCCCGUGGCCUUUGGGGCCCUGCUGCAGUACCUGUACACAGGCCGCCUGGACAUUGGUGUAGAGCACGUGAGUGACUGUGAGCGCCUGGCCAAGCAGUGCCAGCUGUGGGACCUGCUUAGCGACCUGGAAGCCAAGUUCGAGAAGGUGUCUGAGUUUGUGGCGUCUAAGCCAGGCACAUGUGUGAAGGUGCUGACCAUCGAACCGCCCCCUGCAGACCCCCGGCUCCGGGAGGACAUGGCGCUGCUGGCCGACUGUGCCCUGCCCCCCGAGCUCCGAGGUGAUCUUGGGGAGCUGCCCUUCCCUUGUCCUGACGGCUUCAACAGCUGCCCUGACAUCUGCUUCCGAGUGGCCGGCUACAGCUUCCUCUGCCACAAGGCCUUCUUCCGUGGCCGCAGUGACUACUUCCGAGCCCUGCUGGAUGACCACUUCCGAGAGAGCGAGGAGCCAGCGACCUCAGGGGGCCCUCCAGCCAUCACCCUGCACGGCAUCUCACCCGACAUCUUCACCCACGUGCUCUACUACGUGUACAGCGACCACACUGAGCUGUCCCCCGAGGUGGCCUACGAUGUACUGAGCGUUGCUGACAUGUACCUGCUGCCAGGCCUGAAGAGGCUGUGCGGGCGCAGCCUUGCCCAGGUGCUGGAUGAGGACAGCGUGGUGGGCGUGUGGCGCGUGGCCAAGCUCUUCCGCCUGGGUCGGCUUGAGGACCAGUGCACUGAGUACAUGGCCAAGGUCGUUGAGAAGUUGGUGGAGCGGGAGGACUUCGUGGAGGCAGUGAAGGAGGAGGCAGCGGCUGUGGCGGCCCGGCAGGAGACGGACUCCAUCCCGUUGGUGGACGACAUCCGCUUCCACGUGGCCAGCACAGUGCAGACCUAUAGCGCCAUCGAGGAGGCACAGCAGCGGCUUCGGGUGCUCGAGGAUCUGCUCGUGUCCAUUGGCCUGGACUGUUGAACUCCUGCCUGGGUAGCCCCAGGGGCCAGGAGCUCCCUUGGAGACAAGCCUGUGUGUGUGUUUCUGUGCAGCUCUUCUUCUUGUUCCCUGCAUACUGAGGGCUUCAUGGUGGGUGCAGAGGGCUCAUUGGGGCUUCUCUCUCCUCAUGAGCCUGGAGACCCCAGAGGAGGAUCCAUUUGGGAUUAACCCCCUCCCCCCAAUGCACAAGCCAGCCCCCAAGACCCUUGGGGAUGGGCACCACUCAGGGAAACCUGGGGUAGGGGUGGGCUUUGGUCUUAGCACUUUCCUUCCCCAGAUCCUGCACCCCCAAAUCCAGUCUUCUGGCCGUCGCCCAGCCCUGGCUUGUUUCUCUGAGCCAGUGCUCCCAUGCACAGGACUAUUCAGAAAGGGCUGGGGGAGUGUGUAUGGCAAUAAAGCUUGAAGGCACUGUGGGA